GUUGAUUUUUUAGAAGAAAAAACUAAUCAUUCACAGGUUAAUGUAUACAUACUCGUGGCGAAAAAAAAGAGUUUUUAUAAAAUAUACUUUGUAUAUCUUGUAUGAAUAAUCAUUAAUAGUUGCUAAUAAUUACUGUUUUAGAACUGUAUUUUUUAGUAGCUCUAUAGAAAGUUACUUAGUAAUUGCUUGGCGAUAGCUAAUACUUUCUGCAUAUACAUAUACUGUGUACGCUUAAUGUUAAAUGUAUUGUGUAGGCAUAAAGGCUUUGGAGUGUUAAAGAAAAUAUCUGUGAACAUUUUUAUUAACUGAUAAACGAUAAGUUUUGGCCGAAAGAAAAAAUUUCCGCCUUUUGUCGAAAUGAAACAAGGAGGUAAUUAUGAUUCUUCUGGAGACAGAAGAUAUAAACGUCACCAACAACAUCAACAACAUCAACAUCAACCGCAGCACACAAGGCACACAAGAUCAUCUUAUAAUAAUUCACCGCAGCUUCAAAAUCAACAAUAUAAUUAUUCUUCACACUAUAAGACGUCCUCGUCGUCAUCGUCAGGUUCGCAUACUUAUGGACAUUUGCAUUCUAAUAGCGCUUAUGAGAAUAAUCGCCUUAAAUAUGAUUAUGAAAAGAAUAAGGAACCGCCGUACAAACAAGCGAAAGUAUUGAGUAAAUCUGGUUAUUAUCAACAACGUGCAUCGUCAACGCAUCAAGAUCUUUUCAAUGCCACAUUUCCUCAUUUGGUCCAAACAACGAACAAUGAUAGCUUGUAUUCAAGUGUGAAUCAAAAUCAGGAGAUGCGGAUGUCAUCAAAUUCGGCAACAUGUAGCAAAUGCUGUAACGUGUACUGUACGUGUGGUCUUUCAAAUUUAACAAUGUAUUCCUUAAAGAGCGGUUCAACGAGUCCCUUGAUGCUUAGUAACUCGUUUAAUUAUGAAACGGAUUUCACAUCGUCAAAUACCAAUGUAAAUUCGCAAAAUCUGUGGCAUUUUAAUCAACCACCUUUGCCGCCUCUACCGUGUUCGGCUGCGCCAAAACCGCCGCCACCACCACCGCCACCUCCGACUGCUGAUGUUCUGCCGGGUGUGAGUAGAGAUAUGUAUGAUCACCCACCUCCUUUGGUUAUUCGGACACCAGAUCAGUUAAGUGAGAAAUCUCACUUAGCGGCAAAGCAACAGGCUACAUCUCAUCAUUUGGUUCCAUCCGCAUCUUUGCUCGAUGACUCCCAGCACUCAGGGAUGUUAAACCACCAUUCAACGUCCAACAUGGCAUCACGGCAACCAGCGAUUACUUCAACUCCCAAUGACAACUCAAUAAAUCAACACAACAAUAUCAUGGAAAACGAAACAGCUAAUGCGGAACCGUCAAAAUCUAGUUUACGUAAAUGUCGUCGUAAGACCAUGUCUGCCCGUUAUGGCAUACCAAAGGAGUGGUCGCGUGAAUGUGCUAUACAAGCUUUGCAAGCUGAAGAAAAGUUUUCUGAGCGCACGGAAAGAGCUCCGACUUUAGUUCUACGAUUUCCCGAUCCCGAAGUAAAUCGGGAAAUCGUCAGUAAUUACAGCCCGGACAUUGCUUAUGUGUACUUUAUGCAAAGCAGCGCCAGCCGUUAUUGUACAGUCCGCCUUAAGCGGGAAGCAAACGUUCAAAAAGUUAUAGAAACCAUUUCAAAAAUACCUUUUGGUACAGGUUUUAUUACCGCAGAACUGAAAUCGAACCCUUCACCCAAACCUCCCUCAACGAAACCCGAAGAAGUUGAUCCCUAUACGCUAUACGUCGGCAAUUUGUCGAGCACCAUAACGAGAAAUGUUUUGCGUGAACAUUUUCCCGGUUGUGCUCGCAUUGAUAUUGGUUUUGCAGUACGUCUAAAGAAGACUCGUUAUGCCUUUAUACGUUACACUAAUGUCGACGACGCUAUACAAGCAUACCAAAAUGCUUUUCAUACGCAAAUUGAUAAUCGUUCUAUAAUCUGCAGAUUUCGGCGUAUCACUAGCAAUUCCACCACUAAUGGAGAUGAUGUUGAAGCUCAGGAGGAAGCCUUAGAAAUACACGAUAGUUUCGAGAAUGCACCGGAUGGUAAUGUAACUCACUCUCAAACACAAGAAUUACUCCCAAGUCCGGCUCAUGAAGACACGAUAGAUACGAAAUACAAUUUGUUGCGAGAAAUUGAAAAUGUGCAAAAGAAUCAACCGCAUAACAAAUCUCAAAGUAUAGAAACCCAAACCGAUGGUUCGACGGUUAUUUGUUGCGAUACUGAUGAUAUAACAGCACAUAUAGAAAAUUCCAAAAGUAAAACUGUUGAAACUCAAACGGAUACUACUACUACAGCUCCUGCAGUUGUUAAUAUUAAAAAAGAAUCACUUGACGCCGAACAAAAUACCGCACCCACGGCAAGUGAUAUACUGGGCAAACGUUUUGAAGUAGCUGCUACAGCGGGCAUCAAACCGGAACCGGAAGAAGAAUUUAGUUUACCUAUCAACAGGAUUCGCCCAACCGAAAGCACAGAAACUAAUGAAAUAUUAAGCCUGAAUCCAAACUUGGCAGCAAUGCACUCUAACGAUGUUGGUAAUAGUUCAUCAGGUAAACUGUACGGGCGUAGCUAUGAUGAUAGCAUUAAAAGGGAGCCAAAUGAACCUUUAAUUGACGACGACAUUAUAUGCAUUGAUGAUGAUGAUGAUGAUGAAGAGGAAGCCAGACCAACAAAUAGUUUAGAAGCUAUGCGGCUACAAGAAUUAAAUACCAUCGAAAAUAAGUUUAUAAAAUCUGAAGUACAUACGGAUAGUGAUACCGCUCCAGCUCCAACUACUACUGCAAGUAAUGGUUUGGCUGGUGAAAGGGUUAAUUUCAUAAAAGGGCUUUAUCAUGAAAUACGUGGCACCGAAAAGAGAAAACGUAUCCGCGAUGAUUUGGAUGAUAUAUUUAGUAAACUGAAUUCCGAUUCGGAAGAAGAGGACGUUGAAAAAUUGCUAUGGUCACUCAAAUAACUGAAAAUUUCAACUCAAUUUCCAACUUUUUUCAAUUCUCUUUUUAAUUUUUUUAUUUUUUUUGCUUAAUUUAAGUUUUGAAGUCAUUCGUAUGAUUUAAUUAUAAGCGAACAUAUAUAUAUAUAAAGUAUAUUAUGAAAUGACUUCCAAAAUUGCUUUCAACAUAAUUCUAAAUG